CUUGGACUUCUGCCACCUUGUUUACAACAUAACUUACUAUUACACGCUAAGCACUAGCAUUAGACUUUGACACUUUGUCUGUUGGACCUUCACAUUUUUGACAAGUUUCAAAAAUUACUGUCCUAACCGUUGUUAAUCGUUCUGUUUCUCUUUUCAGGUUUACACGCUCAACUGCUCGAGAUGAUAUCGUCAAAAUAUAGAGCGCUCAGUGCUGUCACCCGUCUUGAUAGUCGUCUUAUUAGACGUUCCCUCAUUUCCACUCAAUCUACUGACCAGGGCAUUCCACCCCCACUCACGGGUAUCAGAGUCCUCGACCUCACUCGAGUGCUAGCAGGUCCAUCAUGCACCAUGCUUCUCGCAGACAUGGGUGCAGAUGUCAUCAAAGUUGAGGAGGUUACCCGCGGCGACGACACUCGCUCCUGGCUACCUCCUUCUGCUGCUGUCUCCUCGAAUUCUCCGAAAGAAACGUCACACCUUCCUCCUGAAUCUGCAUAUUUCCUUGCUGUGAAUAGAAACAAACGUUCUAUCACUGUGAAUUUCAAGGACCCUGCGGGACUUGAGGUUAUGCAGAGGCUAGUUCGCACUUCCGACGUGCUGGUGGAGAAUUUUAUCGCAGGAAAGCUUGCAGGGAUGGGUCUCGGUUGGGAGCACUGCAAGGUGCUCAACCCACGGCUUGUGUACGCUUCCAUCACCGGGUACGGGCAGACAGGCCCAUUCCGCGAAGCCGCGGGUUACGAUGUCAUUAUUGAAGCCGAAGCUGGGCUGAUGCACAUCACAGGCGAACCUGAUCGUCCACCAUCUAAAGUAGGCGUUGCGGUGACAGACUUGAUGACAGGUCUUUACGCACACGGUGCCAUCCUUGCUGGUUUGCAUUCCGUACAGCAUACGGGAAAAGGCGUUUGGAUAGACUGCAACUUAUUUGAGACACAGCUUGCGGGUCUUGCGAAUAUAGCGUCGAAUUAUCUUAUCGCCGGAAAGGAAGCCUCUCGGCACGGAACUGCCCACCCGUCCAUCGUUCCUUACCAAGUUUUCCCAUGCAAAAACGGAUUUCUCAUGAUUGGCGCGGGCAACGACAAGCAGUUCCGCCUGCUUGCCGAAAGGAUUCUGGAGAAGCCCGAGCUGGCAGAUGAUGCAAGGUUUGCUAAUAAUGCUGCGCGGGUAGCAAACAGGGAGGCAUUGGUGGACAUCAUUACACAAGUGCUCCAAAGACACGAAAGGGAUUAUUGGAUCGGUCGCUUCACGGGAUUAGGGGUACCAUUUGGGCCAAUCAAUAAUAUCCAACAAACAUUCGCGCACCCGCAAGUUGGCGCUCGGAAGGCUACGGUGGAGGUUGAUCACCCACGAGUAGGGAAAGUGAGGAUGGUGGCUCCACCUGUUACUUACAAUGGAAAGCGGAUGCCGGUAAGACGACCACCACCCUGGCUGUCACAGCAUACAAAGGAGGUCAUGCUGGAACUAGGGUACUCUCAGAACGAGAUCGCCGAAUUGAGGGCUCGAAAGAUUAUCUGAGGCAAUGAUUUAUACUGAUCUCAUUGAGAGUUUGGGUCUUGGGCGCGGGUCCGCCGGCCAGGGUGUUAUUUUGUAGAAAAUGAGAUGACGAUCUGGCUCAGAUAGCCAGUGGAAUCGUGAAUCUGUCAAUGAUGCUACAUAUUUGGUUGCGGCACUGCGGCGGCAACAGAUAAUCAGUAGACUACUUUAAGCAUAGC